AUGGUCUUCGUGGAGUAUUCAUGUGUUGGCAUUGACAGGCUCGACGGAAAGCCCGAGGAGUCCAGGGAGCUCUUGCGAGGCAUCGGUGUCUUGCUGGCCGUUCAAGGACCUGUUUGCGCCUUGCAUGGGCGUCAGCAGCGACCCGAGCCGCCUCCGUUCGGCCGCGAACUGGAACGCUGA